AUGCACGGAAUAAGAUGCACUUUAAGAGACAAAACAAAGAAAAUCAAGGAUUUAUUGGAAUCAAACGAUGAGAUUCUGAAGAAACUAGAAGCAGUCCGUAAUUCGAAAGCUUACGAGCAAAUGAAGUACGACACAAUAGCACGUAUGAAUGCACACGACGUGAACACUUUCUUGAAGGAGCAAUUCUCAAAACGACAGCAACAUGCAACCAAACAAAACAGUAACACCGAAUACGAAAGUAUCGUCCAAAAACGACAUCAAGCUAAAUUAAACGAAGCAGCCUGCAUUAUACAGCGAUUCUUCCGUUCUGUCGCCAUAAAAAAACGCCGUGAAAAACUGCGCAAAGCUUGGACCGAGGUUGAUCCCCAAAGGCGUGUGCAGCUUAUAUCCGAUAUAGCCGACCGGAUUGCCGUCAGUCGCGAUGCGCCUCAACGAGUCGACUUACAGACCAUCAAAAAUAAGCUGAAAGAGAGGAAAGAAGGCUUGGAUAAAGCUAUUGCAGACUACGAGAAAUGUGAACGCAUGAUAAAGCAAAUGCAACAAGAUUUGCAAUUACUCGCAAGUAUCACUUCAAUCGAGCAGUUGAUCAAACUCGAUCCACGAAAACUUCGUUGCACUAAGCUAGCUUUAUUGCUAGCUGAGAGGGAAAGAGAACGGCAACUUGACCAAAUGCAGCAGGAUCAUGAUGAUAUACUAGAAGAAUUCACAACUUCACCACCACCACCUGAGGGUGACCUCACCUCAGCGUAA